CUUUUCACUUUACAUGUUUUAAGAUCACAAAAUUAUCAUUUUGAUAUAUAAGCGUAUAUUUAAUUUAACAACACCAGAUUCAAAAAGUCUUUCAAAAUUCUGGGCUGAUGUUGUUGGCUACCAUUGAGGCGCCAAAGGCUUAGAUGGAAGAAAAAUCAAAGCUAUGGUUACAAAUCUCUACCGCGUACUGAGACAAGCUGCCGUUAAUAGUGAAUCGUCAUGGAUAUUACUAAGAACCUUCAAUUCAUGGUCUUUUGCUAUUAAAAAUGCAAAAUCACCUCAACGAGCCUUGACACUCUAUGCCCAGAUGCAGCGCCAAGCCAUUCCUUUCGACAGUUUCGCCAUUCUUUUCACUCUUAAAUCUUGCACCCAUUUGGGCAACCUUCCCCUCAUAUGCCACCUCCAUGCCCAUCUUCUCAAAUUAGGCUUUAAUAUACACGUCUAUGUUGCCACAUCUCUCUUAAAUGCCUACAUAGGGACUUCGUUUCAGUAUGCUUGCAAGCUGUUCGAUGAAAUUCCUGUGAGAAAUACUGUCACGUGGAACACGAUGAUAACUUGUUUUUCUCGAUCUGGGGAUGUUAAAAAAGCAAGGGAGAUGUUUGAUGAAAUGCCUAUGAGAGACCUAGCUUCGUGGUCGGCGAUGAUUGCUGGAUACAUGAAUAAUGGGCAUUGGGAGGAAGGGGUGACGCUCUUCCGGGAAAUGGUGAUUUUUGAGCAGCUAAAGCCUGAUCAAGUGACUAUUGGGCCAAUAUUGGCGGGGUGUUCGGAGAUGGGUUCAAUUGGGUUGUUUCUUGGGAAAUCAGUGCAUGGUUUUGCGGUAAAGAAUAACUGGGAAUUGAAUGUGGAGCUUGGUACUUGUUUAGUAGACAUGUAUGCUAAAUGUGGAUUCUUGAAUUUUGCUUCUCUGGUUUUUGAUAUGAUGAAAGAUAGAAAUGUGGUAACUUGGACUGCUUUAAUUUGUGGAGCAGCAAAACAUGGUUUCGGAACUGAAGCGUUGGAGAUAUUCAAGAAAAUGAGACAAGGGGGUGUGGUACCAAAUGAGUUUACUUUCACUGGGGUACUUAGUGCUUGUGUACAAACAGGGCUGGUCGAUGAAGGUCGUGGAUACUUCAAAAUGAUCAAAGAGUGUGGACUGAGACCAACAAUUCAGCAUUAUGGCUGCAUGGUUGAUUUAUUUGGGAAAGCUGGAUUGUUAAGGGAAGCAUAUGAAGUGAUCAAUACAAUGCCACGAGAGCCUAACGUAGUUAUUUGGGGUUCUUUUUUGUCAUCUUGCAAGUUGCAUAAACAGUUUGAGAUGGCGGAAAGAGUGAUUGAGAGGGUCAUGAAUGUGGUGAGGCCAGAGAAUGAUGGAGGGGUUUAUACCCUUAUCUCAGACUUGUAUGUUCUUGGUGAUAAAUGGGAGGAUGCCGAGAGGGUGAGGCAAUUGAUGCUCCAUCAAAAUGUGAGGAAAGCUAGAGGAUGUAGUUUCAUAAGAAAUAAUACAGCAUGAAGUAUUAAACUGCAGCAGAUUCUUGUUUUGACAAUGAUCUUGUCAAGAAAAAAAUUAUUUCCUCUUUCUGUUGUUGAAAUUACUUUCACCAUCAGUAGGAUUAAGAAGGCGAAAGAUUUAUGAGUUAUGAAAAGGAAAGAUGCAACUUGUAAGAAGAAACUUAUACUGGAAUAACAUGGUUGUUACAUGAAAGAAUUCUGUUUAUGACAGAUUCUCAGUUCUAGAUUUAGGGUGCUGGCAUUAAAGCCUCUGCACCUGAAAUGUAUGGAGAUACUGUUUCUCUGUGUUUAUAGUGUUGGAGACCCUUCUAUUGUUGUUUUAAUCAAUCAUAGUUUUUUAGUUUGAAUGAUUGAAAAAUAUUUCUUA